UAAUUUUUCUACGUGAAAUACUGAGUAGUGUUUCUCUCUAUGUUCGUGUCGCUUUAUUUAUGCACAUCCGGUAAAAUUCUUCUAGCAGUAUUUCGCCAUAUUACAUCCGAUACAAUUCCGCUAAAUUAUUGUUUACGUUCGGUUGAAUGUGAUUUAGACGUCCCGUGAUUACUAGCGUCAUGUACGGGAAGUACAUACUGCUACAGUAACGAAGAAAUUGUGCUGCCCCGGUUUGGGUAUGCUUAGACAAAACAUAUUUAUUGGUCAAAAUCAGCACCUGUGUACUGUUUAAAGUAUAAUCGACCUUCCAGACGGAAACAGAAUUCCUGUCAGUAUUCCCCAUGUCGUUACCUCUGGACCUUUACAAAUGGAACCUUACGAUGAUACUUGCGAGAAACUUGUGGAAUUCCUCGGAAUCAAUCAGCUGCGCCCUAGAUUAACCAUUAAAACCUACGAAAAAAUUGGCGACGGGAGCAUGUGUGAAGGUGUUUACAAAGGGCAAGCAAAAGACACCAGGCGGAAGUAUGCCGUUAAGGUGUUUCGUAUCAAUCCUGACAUUGUGACCUGUGCAAAAAAUGGGCAAAAUGCUCUACUCGAUGAUGCUGCUGGCAAAUCUAUUAAGGAUGCUGUUAAAGAGUUUAAAGAAAUCAGCAAGUUUCAACAAGAAAAUUUGGUUAAAUAUUUCUACAUCGACACGCAACUGGAUGGAAGGCGACAGCAGUACCAGCUGCAUAUUGCAAUGGAGCGCUGUUAUGGCAGCGCUCUUCUUGAUGAUAUGCGCCAACAUUACGGGCUCUACAGCACCGGUUACUCUUCAGCGGACUGCACUGCCUACUUGGAAAAUGCUGUAUCUGGUCUGCAUUUUCUACAUCAGCAUAAAAUUGUACACCGAGACCUCCGACCUGAAAACCUGUUAUUUGCGGAAACGAACAGGAAAACUUUGAAAAUUGCUGACUAUAGUGCUGUGGUCAAACUGGACGGAUCCCUGACGCAGUCGGGAGAAGUAACCACCACGGGCGGUCCCCCGUGGGCGUACCAGGCACCGGAGGUAGCAAACAAAAAAUUCGGUAACCCUGGUCGAAGAAGUGACGUAUGGAGUCUUGCUUGCGUACUAAUCUUCAUGCUCCAAGGAAAAGAUCCAUUUUUUCAGUACCGAAGCCGGCAUGUCAUUCUUGCUAAGUCGAGCGCAGAUAUUAGGAGGGCGCUGUUGGACGGUCAUGCUCCGUAUAUUGAUGGAGAUUUUCAGCGCAAAAAGGUGCACGGCAAUGAAGAAGCCUUUUUGCAUUCGGCGAAAGAUUUCUUGCGGUUAUGUCUUAUUGCGCGGAGUACCGAACGCGCAGACAUGAAUAAAAUGAGCAAGCAUAUGCUGCUGAAAUCGACGGCCCCUGCCGCAGCUAGAAGCUGCAAUAUCCUUUGAUCUUUGCUUCGGUGACUUUUUCACUUAUUUCCAUGGUGCGCUUUUUUGCUCAUAUAUCUUAGAGAAACGGAACGGAAAACUCGGCAAAUUCUAAAAUAAUGUUCUUGUUUGAUUUGUUUCUCCAUUUUGUUUUCAAAUGAUACGCGUAUCAUUUCAAAUGACCGUACGGUCAUGCCGUUUUGAAAAUUUUUCGUUGUAAUCAGGUGGUUUUGUAUCUGCAACUUUCCGUUACCACCAUCCUAAUUUGAGCUAAAUUUGUUAUACUUAAUUUGCAUUUGGGAUAUCCUAUAUAUUAAUAAAA